AUGCUACGUGCAGUACGAAAGAUAAUUGGAGGUGAUAAUGAUGUCAAAAGUGUUGUACAAAAGUACAAUAAAGACUUAUCUUCCAUAACUAAUAAGAUACAUGACUACGAAGCAAGUCUGAAAGGUGUAGAUACCAAAAGAAAGAGAGUAAGCAGUGCAGUUACCUAUUAUUACCUUACCGUACUAACAGUUGUAGUUGCAUAUGUUUACGUGAAGUCUUCUACGGCUGCGGCUGUCCUCAGUGUCAUCAUUGGGUUACUUGUGUUGAUAGGCAUCAGGCUAGUUAUAAAGAGGGUAUAUCAGAUGCUGAGCAAUAAAUAUGAAUCGAGAAUUGCGGCUUUAAGAUCGUUGCAUCAGGAGAAGAUGGAAGAGUUGAAGCAGAAGACGAACUUUUAUUACACAAAUUCGCUGAUCCAGCGUUUUUCUAGCGGCGAAAGUGGAUCUGAUGACUUGAUGUUGUUAAUUGAUGAUGAAGUGAAAAGCAAACAAGAGCAAUUAGAGAAGCUUAAGGCAGAGUUGGAUCGACUACGCGAGGAUGAGCAAUUAAAGAGCCAGAGUGAGGACGUUGAAGCCCGUGAAAAGUGGUUUGAUAAAGCUUUGGGACUACUUGCUGGUGGAGAUGACGUAAAGAAUCUACAAUCGUCCAUUUCGCUUAUCGUUUGUCCACAGUGCAAGGAAUCGCGUGGAUGCUACUCGGCGGUCGGUGUGCCUUUCACGUAUAUUUGUACCAACUGUGGGUACAAACAGGAUAAUUCGACCAACAACAGCAAGGAACCGCAAGAAACCGAUUCAUUGACCACAACAGAGACAAGCACCAAUUGA